AUUAUCUUAGCGAAAUGUAAUGAGGAAAUGUAUUGUUUCUACUGGAUGAGAAUUUUCAGCAGGAAAACAAGUUAAAUAGAGUUCUCUUUGGAUGCUUGGAUUUAAAAGCAUUUCGUCCGAGAAGAUGUUGACUUCAAUGUUCCUCGUCGGAACUGUGUUUUGUCUGAUUGGCGGUUCUGCUGACGCUGUCGCUUUACAAAUAUCUGAACAUUUUUUUAACGAAGGAGAUGUUUCAUAUGAAAACGAUAAUAGAACCCUUUUAGAGGUAAACACGUCCAGAAAAAUGACCAAUGCCCAAUGUGCAGCAAAAUGUCUAGAUGACCUGUCCUGUAACGCUAUAGAACUGUGCCCCACGCCGUCUGGACAGACAUGUAGACUCAGCAGAGGUUGGAAGAACACCGGCAAUACACUGUCUCACUCCACGUGUAGACGCCUGCAAAUGGUUGACGAAUGUGAAGGAGAAGGAUAUGUUGACAGAAGAAAUGGGAUUUGUACCUACGAUGAAUGUCAAACAUGUGACUGUGUCUCUCAAUUCAUGGGAAAGACAGGAGUGUACGGUAUUGUUAUAGGCGGGGAUCCCAAAAAGAUUUACUGUUCUUUCGAGGGAAGGUACACCUGGACGGUUAUUCAAAGAAGACACGAUGGAUCAGAGAAUUUCUACAGGAACUGGACAGAUUAUGAGUUUGGAUUUGGAUCACCUGCAUCCGAAGUCUGGUUAGGAAACAAGUACAUCCAUCGUCUGACCGCUAACGGUCACAAUGUACUGAGGAUUGAGUUGGAGGACCAUGAUGGAAACAAGCGGUAUGCUGAAUACAGCAGUUUUACCGUGGCUGACGUCACAGACAAUUACAGGAUCCAGGUGUCUGGAUACACUGGAGAUGCUGGUAAUACCUUAGAGAAAACUUGUUAUUAUUGUAACAAUGGCCAACCCUUUACCACCUAUGACAGGGACAAUGACAAUUAUAAAGGCAAUUGCGCUGUAUGGGCCAAAGGAGGCUGGUGGCACAAUGGAUGUCAAAAUAGCUGUCUGAAUGGACUGUAUGGUGAUAACGGGUAUGCGCAGGGAGUUAACUGGGAGGACUGGAAGAAUUUAAAAUACUCCUUUAAAUUGUCUCUCAUGAAAGUCAAAAGAUCGUUAUAAAAAGCAAGCAUAACUCACAGUAUUUGUCCCGUUUCAACUUUUUAGUUUGAAUUGAGUGUUCGUCUUGUUGGAAUUUGACACUAAUAUUCAACGAGGUUUCACAGGCCCGUAAAACAAGCAUAUCAUUGAUUGUUAAAAACUUUAAUUAUUGAUACUACAAAAAUAUCGACGAUUUCCUAUUUUGGGAAUGUAGUACUUUUAUGAAAAUUUAUGACGUGUGUAACAGCUUUCAAGAUAAAUGAUGUUUUUCUAUUGUCAAGCAGUUUAAAAGUUUCAUUUGUAUAUAAACAUUUACUUGCUUGUAGUUAUAACUGGGAUAUAAUUUAUUUGUAUACUUGUCUUAGCACCUUUUGUA